AAAACAAUCGAACAUGUUAUUGACAUGGACUUGUAUCGGAUGCAAUUUGAAAUAUUCCAACUUUGAUCAGUUCCAACAACACAUCAGUGGUAUAAAAGAAACGGUUCAGUAUUACUGUAAGAACCACGACAUUUAUUUUAACCAAAAAUCAGCGCAUUCUUGCAAGUCUGAGAAACGAUGUGCCUUUUGUUCGGAAGAAAUACCUCCACAGUACGAGGAACAUGCCUGUUUUCAUUUAUACAAAAAAGGUGACAUACAGUCUUGUGAUGUAUGUGGCAUGACGCUCCGCAAGAUUCUACUUUGCGAUCAUUUAAAACAAAUGCACAAGAAAAAAUUGAGGAUGUGUAAAAAAUGCGAUAUGUUCUUUAACUCUGAAAAAGAAUACAACCAACAUAGAUACGUCAAACAUAUAAUCCGAGAAAAAACAUACACGGUAUGCCACAUUUGCGGAAAAACGUAUUCCAGUUUCACGAUUAGCGGACAUAUCAAGAGUAUCCACAAACAAAGCCGGGAAGCAAAGUGCAAGGAAUGUGGAAAGGCGUUUAUGAAUAAUUGGAAGCUACAACGACACAUGAUUGUUCACAGUAACGAAAUGAAAUACCAAUGCGACAUUUGUGAAAAAAUGUUUAAAAUGCAGUACUCGCUGCAGGUGCAUAAAAAUAUGCACUUUAAUAAAGAUACUUUUUGUUGCACGAUAUGCGACAAACAGUUUAGUACCAAACAAUCCAGGGAUAAACAUCUAAGAAAGCAUUGACCGAGAUGAUUUUAUUAUUUUUAUUCACAAAGCAACCACUGUUGUCAGAUAUUUAAAAAAAACUAGUUUUUACGAUUUUCGUUACUGUUUAGUGAUUAAUGUUCAGUAACGCGCACGAAAUAGAAACUACCUGAUACUUAAUAUUAUAAUAUAUUUUGUACAUCAUAUCCAUAGUCAAGUUGUGACAACAUCACUAGAAUACUGUCCUGCGAGUCAUUUUGGACCAGAUGAAAAAAUAAUGUCUUCCUGGAGGGAAUACAGGCAAGUUGUGAAACACAGAAGAGGCCAUGGACAAUCCAAUAAAGUGCCAUUAGGUAGAGUCAAAGCUGAAAUUAGAAGGAAUUGUAAGUUUUGUUCCUAUUAAAGCUCCAACAAAAAAAGUGUGAAACAUCUACGAGAACGAACGAAUGAUCUGAAAGAAUGGUCGAAGAGAUGUUUUAGAUGUUCUUCAGACUAUACCUGUGGAAGAUACUGACUUUGAACAACUUAAAAAUAGAUUAAACAUGCGAUAUGACUACGAACAAUUGGAGCGGUUAAAGAAUCGUAGAAUCGUAAAUAGAAACGAGACAAUACCCUUCAAGAAUACGAAGUAGAUAUUGCCAGGUUGGUACUAUUUGCCUAUCCAUCAGCUCCAAAAAAUAAGGAAUGUUUGACUCUCCAAACAUUUGUUGGUGGACCAUGAAAUGUAAAAUUUGUUGAUGGACUCCGUUACCAUAAAAUGUAAAAAACACUCCUUAUAGCCCGACACAAACAUUGGUCGAUGUCUUGUCCGCUGCUCUUGAAUAUGACGCAGCUACGCUGGAUACAGUGAAGUAAGGACUGAAAGAGAAUUAAGAAUACGGAGACCAUCAGGUGAUAGAAUUGCAGUGAACUGGGACAUGUACGCAGUUCGUGCAAAUGUACUAGAAUCACAACAAAUAACGAAAACAUAGAGCAGAACCUGACUAGUCUAAAAUGGCUCGCACGACAAUACAGUGAAUAUUUAAUUUUGAUCCGCUCCUCUUCCCAUUGAAACACUUCAAGUAGUCUUUAUGUAAAGGUAAAAACAAUAAAACCUAUUUACUUUUGUAUUUUUCAUGGUGUAACUAUAAGGUCUAAAAGGACAUUUUCUUUUGUUUUUAGCAAUGGGAAGAGGUAACCUUAUAGUUCUAUUGUGGUAUUUUCCUAAUUAUUUUGAAGUUGUAGUCAUUUCUGACAUACAAUACGUCGCCUCCUGCAGAGCUGCUGGAAGUAUUACAUCUCGCUAUUUUUAUCCAUGUUCAGAUCAAGCUUGUCAGUGUUUUUUUUUGCAACCGUAGCCUUGUUAAGUAAUAUGACAGAGGAGUUAAAUCAAAUCACGUAUUAAUUGAUCUUUCUUUGUAUCCUUUGGAUAUUUUCAUAAAUAAUAUCACAAAGAUUAUAUUUGCAGUUUCUGGUGUAGUUGUAUUAAACAAUAAGUCCACUAUAAAGGAAUACCGUAAAUGCAGAAAAAAGUUCGGUAUCUGCUUUAAAAGAACUGAAAAAAGAAUUGCUUCUCGGAAGUUAUCUAAACUAGUUAAAAACAUCAACAAAUCGACCUCUUUGAUAGACCGUCCAUAGACGGAUAUAUUUUAUUUAAUAGUUGACAAGAAAAUGAAAACUGAUGAUACAUAUUUUUUCUACACCAACAUGGAUAUUAGCUUAUCUACGCACAGACUACAAAACGAAAAAGUAUGCUAUUGCGUUCAUCUGAACGAAUAUAUUUCAUAUAUAUUCUAGGUAGUGAGAACAUUGCAAACAAAUUAAAUCCACCAUUCACAAUUCAUAUUUGGUUCACCCAACUAUUAUUAUUUUUAAAAUUUUAAAUAAAUGA